AUGCCGAACUGCAAGCUCACCAAAUCGUUCACUUUUCCAACACCAAUUCGCUACGAAUGGACCAAGGCAUAUACGGCCCGUCCCAAGGAUAACCUCAUCGCCCAUCAGGACAUCCUGCUGAAGCAUCCCUUUCGCCCGUCGUACGACAUGGAUGGUGACCCAACGAUGGACUGUUUGCUCGAUUGGUCGUACGCGCGCGUCUGGCACACCGAGGCAGAAACCUUCCGGACGAACCGGAAAAAUACGGUCCGUGGAAAGUCGACAAAGAAAAAGCUUUCGAACUGCCCAGAUCGUAGACCGAAACCGGUGGAACCGUGUCGGGAACGAUUCACCAUAAAUCGGUUCCGUGACGUACCGGCAAAAGUCGAUACAGGGCGAUCAGUCCAACCGACUCGAUUGCUGUGUACAUGUUAA